AUGGGAACCUUUAUCGGUCAUGCGUACCCAGGGCUGUUUCUACUCUCAUAUGGGCUGUAUCAAGCAGUAGUGGUCUCCAAAGCUGUGAUAUUCAGUGACUCUUUCCUGUAUCCUUUAUCACCUCCCAGGAAUAAGGGGAGAUGGGCCAGGCUGUGGAAAAUAUCCUACGGAGGUUUGCUGAAGACGCUGGCUGGCUCUGGCUUGUUAGUGUAUGAGAUAAGCUGCAUGAAGAGAGGGCUGAUACUGAUGAACAGGGAGCUGCCCCUGACAGUUAUGUACGCCAAAGAGUGGCAGCACGUCACCAUGUACAUCCUUCUCACCCUCAACGGCUGUGUAGAGGUCGUGAGCAAGAACUUGCUGCCUCAGCACUGUGUGCCCCUAGAAGAAGGGACCUUGGUGCUGACUUUCUAUGUGCUCCUGCUGUUGCUGGUGUCACAUGUUCAGGACUCAGCCGGGGUGGAGCUGCAGGUUCACUCUCUGCUCAUCUUGGUGGUGUUGUUGCUGAUGCUGGUGUUGACCGUACAGCUGUGGGUUCCCGACACGUUUCAACUCUCAGUGAUCGGGACCUUUCUGUUUCAGAUCCUGAGCUCCUGGCUGGUACAGGCCGGCUUCAUUCUGUACAAACCAGGCACCGGCUACCCGGGGCAGGAUGAUGACAUCAUUGACAUCACGUUUGUCACCACCUUCUUCUGCUGGCAUGUGAUGAUCGAUGCUUUGUGCCUGUUGGGAAUCUAAGGCGUCUCUUCCUUUUGGCAUUGUUGUUACCGUCCCAGCUGGAAGCUAACAGGGUCCAGAGAAGCUCCAUGUUACACGACCACCGUGGGACCCCUCUACAAAUUGCUGCAGGAAGUGGAUCAGUCAGAGUCUGGCAGUCUCUCAACCUCUAGCUGGGUCUUAAAUGUCUGGGCUCAGAUCCUAGUGAGGGCUGAGGAUAACAACUGUUGUGACCAAGUUUUCUGA